AUGGAUGAUGGGUUCGUAUAUGAGUUCGAACCCAUUGAUUCUGGCAGCGACCUCGAAGAAGAUGUUUGCGAUGGUACCUUUUUCCUUUCCCUUCUCAAGGAAAUGUUAGCAGUAGCUGGUUGCUUCAAUGAUCGUGCCAAGAAAUUACUUGAGCUGCACCUGGCUUCUAGCUUUCGAAAAUACUUCAUGUGGUUCAAAGGCAAGUGGCAAAAAGACCAUAUUGCCUUGGUUCAAGAAGGCAAGGAUCUGGUUACCUAUGCAUUAAUCAACACUAUUGUAGCUAUGAUUUCUGCUCUCUAUGGUUACAGAUCCAUUACUACAAGCAAGGACAGGCCUCAAGUCAAAAGUCAAAGUACGUAUAUUGAGAUCCUUCAGUCCCCAUGGCUUCGUGAUCAGCUUAUGGCUUUUCACAUCAAUUUAAGAGAGGCAAAGGUCAAGUCAAGCAAGGCUCCUGCAUUGUUCAAGGGGUGCUCACUAACUUUUGAUGAUGACAAACCAUCACUCUCUUGUGAGCUUUUUGACUCCAUCAAGGUUGAUAUUGAUUUGACCUAUUUUAUAUGCCCGGCUGGAGUUUAUGAAGGUUCCCUACACUUGGAAAAGCUUAAUAUUUUAUUAAGCAGAAGGUAUCAUUUUCCCUUCACGACAUAUCAUUUUGAUUAUACUGUAGCUGUAACUUUAAGAUCCCGUCAUCUGAUGUACUUCCUCACUGAGGAGGAUGAGGACACAGGAAACAGAAAUGGAAGAAAACGAGAGGGACAUGGUUUCUGUGUUUCUCAACUUUUUAUAUCUAUUACUGAUUUCUUGCUUUCAUUGCCAUGUCGAAACAGUUGCCAUGAGUAUUGGGAGCAGCGACUUCAAAUAGAAAGGAUAGAGAGGAUUCGGCAGGCAAAGAAGCACUAG